AUGAAGGAUUUGUUGGAGAAACUAAUAACGGAUUGCGUGGAGUUGUUAAGGAUUUAUCCUUUUAUGAAGAAACCAUUAGACACAUCUUUAACUGACACAGAUAUAGCAACACCGUGUUUACUACUAUUAACCAACAAUGUAUAGCAACAAACAUAAUAAUUAUCAUUACAUGAAUAUUCAGCUUUCAUAAAAUAAAACACAUAUCUAAAAAUUGGAAAUUGUCCAUAAUUACAUGUAUAAAAUCAGUUAAAUCCAAUUUAUCAUGCUCCAGUAAAUCUUCAUAUGGGAAUAAUGCGAAACUAUAGGUACAUUAAAAAUGAUGGACCUGAUGGAGUUUCGUAUUACUAUCACGAUUUAAGAAAAAAUGAACGUAUAAUAUUACGACGUCAAAUGGUUGGAGGAAAUGAUGGACCUGAUGGAGUUUCGUAUUACUAUCACGAUUUAAGAAAAAAUGAACGUAUAAUAUUACGACGUCAAAUGGUUGGAGGAUCCGUAACGAUUUGGUGUUCAAUUGGAUAUAAAGGACGAAGUGAAGUUGGUUUUUAGAUGGUAGAAUAAAUGAUUUGAAAUAUAGAGAUCUCCUCAAUGACACACAAAAGUCAUGUUUUCGACAAAUAGCAGGAAAAAAUUUUAAAUUUCAGCAGGAUAAUGCGCCAAUACAUACUGCUCGAAUCAUAAAAUUAUGGUUUGAAACAAAUUCUAUAUCAAUAUUAGAUUGGCCUGCUCGAUCUCCAGAUCUAAAUGUUAUUGAAAAUGUUUAGGGACUUCUCGCCAAAGAAGUUUACAAAGAUGCCAAACACUAUUCAUCAGUUCGUGGGUGGAAACAAUCAAUUUUAGAUGCUUGA